CCGCGCCCGCCCCCCACCUCCUGGUUGCUUGGAGAGAGAAAGAGGCCGAGCCAAGAUGGCGGCGGCUGAGGCGGCAGCAGCCAGAGCCGCCGCGGAGGUGGGGAUGGGGUCGGGCGCCGCGCGGGGGGCUGCUCCUCCUCCUCCUCCUCAGCGGGCGCGGGCGGCGAUGUAACCGGCUUCGCCUGCGGGCCCCUCGGAGCCAGGCCGGGCCAAGCGUACGCCGCAGCCUCCCUCCCUCCGCCCCAGCCACGAUGUUCUCGGCCCUGAAGAAGCUGGUGGGCUCGGACCAGGCCCCAGGGCGGGACAAGCCUAUCCCGGCGGGGCUGCAGUCCAUGAAUCAGGCGCUGCAGAGGCGCUUCGCCAAAGGCGUCCAGUAUAACAUGAAAAUCGUCAUCCGAGGGGACAGAAACACAGGCAAGACCACUUUGUGGCAUCGGCUCCAGGGAAAGAAGUUUGUCGAGGAAUAUAUUCCGACUCAGGAGAUCCAGGUCACCAGCAUCCACUGGAAUUAUAAAACCACUGACGAUAUUGUGAAAGUCGAAGUCUGGGAUGUAGUUGAUAAAGGCAAGUGCAAAAAACGAGGGGAUGGCUUGAAACUGGAGAAUGACCCCCAGGAGGCAGAGUCGGAGAUGGCGCUGGAUGCAGAGUUCCUGGAUGUGUAUAAAAACUGCAAUGGCGUCGUGAUGAUGUUUGAUAUCACCAAGCAGUGGACCUUCAACUACAUCCUGAGAGAACUUCCUAAAGUGCCGACCCACGUUCCGGUGUGUGUUCUCGGGAACUACCGGGACAUGGGCGAACACCGGGUGAUCCUGCCGGACGACGUGCGGGAGUUCAUCGACAACCUCAACCGGCCUCCGGGCUCUUCAUAUUUUCGCUACGCCGAGUCUUCCAUGAAGAACAGCUUUGGGCUCAAGUACCUGCACAAGUUCUUCAACAUCCCCUUCUUGCAGCUGCAGCGGGAGACGUUGCUGCGGCAGCUGGAGACGAAUCAGCUGGACAUCGACGCAACGCUGGAGGAGCUCUCUGUGCAGCAGGAGACGGAAGACCAGAACUACGAAAUCUUCCUUGAAAUGAUGGAGGCUCGCAGCCGAGGGCCGGCCGCCUCCCCUCUGGCUGCCAACGGGCAGAGCCCCUCCUCGGGCUCCCAGUCCCCGAUGGUUCCCGCGGGCAACACUUCUGGGAGCUCCAGCCCCGGCACCCCCCAGCCGCCACUCCCCUUGGCCCAGCCGAGCGCGGGCAACCCAGCCGCGGCCCCGGAAGCCCUCGUGCCUCAGCCGCCGGUGCUUCUGCCUGAGCCCCCGGUGGCCAGCAGCCCCACCGUGCCUGCCCCAGCCCCGCCGGCCCAGAAGCGCAGCAUCAUCUCUCGGCUCUUUGGGACGUCACCUGCUCCCGAGGCGCCCCCUGCCCCGCCAGAUCCCACGGUUGCCGCCCCACCUGUGGAUGUUCCUCCGAAAGUGCAGAGCGUGGAGGACUUUGUCCCCGAAGACAGCCUGGACGGCAGCUUCUUGGAGGACCCUGCCCCACAGAGAGGCAAGGGGAGGCCGGCCGCCAAGGGCCAUGCCGACAGCGACAGUGACCGGGAUGCCCCUGGGGGGAACCCCCUUGUGGCUGGCUUCCAAGAUGACCUGGAUGUGGACGACCGCGUGGCCAGCGAGGCCCCUGCGGCAGCAGAGCUGGUCCCGAGCAAAAACAUCACCCUCUCGAGCGAAGAGGAGGAGGAGGAGGAGGGACAGUCCAGGUUCACCCUCGUGGCGGAUGGAGGCCUUGGCUCGGAGCCAGAGGCAAAGCGAUCUUCCAAAAAGGCCUCGAAAGCCCACCAGCCCGCAGGUGGCCUGGGCCCUCCCGCUGGCUUCCCUGCCCCUCUCGGGUUUGAGCAAAACGGCAGCGCCAAGCUCCCUGCCGCUGCCGCCGCUGCCCCCCCACAGGUGGUCUCCGUGGCAGCGGUGGCGGCAGCCCGCCCCCCCAAAGCCGCCCCCCCGAGCAAGCCCUCUGCUUCCAAGCAGGAGGGGGAGAAGCCAGAGGAGUCGGAGAGUGACCCAGAGGGGCCCGUCGCCACCCAGAUGCUUUCCUUCGUCAUGGACGACCCAGACUUCGAAAGCGAGGAGUCGGACAGCCAGAGGAAGAGAGCUGAUGAAUUCCCGGUGCUAGAGGACCUCUCCGGGGUCUCCGAUGAAGACAGCUCAGCAAAGCCCCCACAAGCGGCCAAGCCUGUGAUCCAUUCCUUCAAGCCCAAGAAUGAGGCAGACCUGUUUGGCUUGGGCCUGGAUGAGCCGGGUCCCCGAGACAGCAGUGAGGAAGAUAAAGACAAAUCAUCUUCCAAGGAGAAGAAGAAGAAAAAGAAGAGGAGCAGCAAAGAGGAGGACGAGAAGGCCGCGGUGAAGAAGAAGAGCAAGCCGAAGAAGAGCAAGGAGGAGGAGGAUGGCAAAGACGAGAAGGAGAAGAAGAAGAAGAAGAAGAAGCUGCAGCGAGGCAAAGAGAAGAACAGGGAGAUUGAUGAACUGGAGGCCUUUCUCGGGGGCGGGGCAGGAGCCAGCAAGCAGCAGGGGGGCGGAGACUAUGAGGAACUGUAGCCCCGCCCUGAUGCACCCACGUCCCAGCGGGGGGCUGCUGGACUGAGGCGGAAGGCAGAUGGGCAAAGCUGCCGUGGCCUCCCCCUGCCGCCCAGACCACUUGCACUCCAGAGACUGGCCAGGGCCCAGAGCGGCACUUCUGCAGUGGGGGAGGGGAAGGCCGGAGCAUCGCCACAGAGCCGGGGUGGGGUGGGGUGGGGUGGGGGAGUGGCCGGGCGGGCUAAGGACCGGCUUGUCGGCUGCUCCGGGGCUCCCGGUUCCUGGCCUGGCCUCCUCUCUGCUUGGGCUCCCGGUUCCUGGCCUGGCCUCCUCUCUGCUGGGGCUCAGCAGAGCAGGGAGGAGAAGGCGGCGGUGCUGCCCCCCACCCUGCAGAGCCGGAGUGGUGUCUCGCCAGAGCCGUGCAACCGUUUGCAGUGGUGCCCUGGGAGUCGCCAUGUUUAAUUAUGGAUCCUUGCUAUUUUUUUACCAGAGAAGCUGUUAUUGACGGACUGGACAGCGUGCUCAGUGGUGCGCUUGCGGGGAGAGCUUUGGAGAGUGGCAGGGUUUCAGCAAGGGAGGGGGGAGGCCUGUCGUGUUGUGCUGCAGCCGGGCUGUCGUUUUGGGGGGGAGGCAAAGGACCCCUCCGAGGGCCCCAGGGGUCCCUGGCCCCCCUUGUAAGCUGCUGUGCAGUUUGGGAAGCAGCGGCAGAGUUGCCCAUUGGAAUGCAAAUGGGGGGGGCUCACUCGCCCGCCCACACACCUCUCCCUGGGGUGUCUUAUUUUUGUGUCUCCUGGCAAGCAGCCCUUGUGCUGCAAAGCGCCUCUCAGGGACCGGGCCUCGUGGGGAGGAAUGUUUGUGAUGGGGCCCGCGGGGGCUGCAGUGGACGCAGCAAGAGCGCUCCCUCCCGGUUCUUGCCCCGGCACACGGGGGGCCUUCUGGUGUGUGGUUUUGGGAAGCCCCCCCGCUUCCUCCACCCCCCACCCCACCCCACCCCUGAAGCGCUGCAUGUUUGGGCUGUGCGAAACCACGGCCAGCUCUCCGUCCCUGUUGAGCUGCCAGCCCACCAUGCCUUCUGGUCUUUCUCCCAGGGGCUCUUCUUUUCAGCCGAUCCCCCAUUCCUUUGCGUUGCUGUGCCGCUGCCCCCCCGCCCCCACCUCUCUCAAGGAAAACUGGUUCAUCCUUCUCAUGCAUUCCACUGCCCUUGUGCUGCUGUGUGUGGAUUGGAGUUGGGCUUCUUUAACAUUCCUUCGCCCCCCCCCCCCGGCCCCCCGAGUGAUGCUCACCUUUGGCUGCAGCUCCCUCUUCCGCGUUGCCUCCGUGGGUCGGAGCGUUGCGUCCCCCUGUCCCUGUUUGAGGAAUAUGCACUUGUCACCACCGUUGGCCUGUCCAGCGGAUCUCGGGGUCUUACUGCAUGAACCGGUUCAUCCUCUCAGGUAUUCCAUCGGGCCGUGUGUCAUCCCCUCUCCCUGUCUCUUGUUCUAUGCGCUGCUCGUGUGAAGGGGGGGGUGCAUGGAGAAUCUGCAUGGGACCUCCCCCUCUCGAACCAUGCCCCCCCCCUCAGAGGAGAAGCGUCCCAUGGCCCCUCUCCCAACACUUCUGUGAGCCUUUUCUCUGGAACCAAACUCCCAACUGAGCCUGACCCAGUUCCAUGCGAAACGCCCUGGUUGUGUUCUCCCUGGCUUCCUUUCCUUUCCUUUCCUUUUUUUGCUUUGGGGGAAAAAGUACCCCACUGGUGCAUUCCUCCAUUCCAACUUAUAAAGCUCUCGGUUGUACAAUUA